UCUACACCGAUCCACAUCCUUUUCCGUUCUUGAUAAGCUGCGUUAUUACGUGGAUACGGUAUUUACGUAGCGUGCGAUUAAUAUCGUGGAAUUAUUUCGACUCUGAUGCGCGUUUUGCUAUCCGAUCGUGUCGAACCAAAUGGAGGAACGUAUUUCAAACAAUUUUUAUAACGAUUACGUACGACGUGUUUACAGGCACCGAUGCGUUUCUAUUCGGCACAUUCGACCAACUUGUUUGUAAAUAAUAUUAAUACGUUACAGAUGGACGCGUGAUUGUCGAAUGCGAAUCGUAUAAAAGUUUACAAGAGAAUAAAUAUUCGCUCGAAUCGGGCGCAAGAUGGCAAAUACAGGAGUAUUACCGUUCGUACGCGGUGUAGAUUUCAGUAGCAACGAUUUUGGAGUGAGUGUAACGUUCGAGGUGGUAAAUUUCCUGAAUCCGUUCGUCUUAUGACUGGAAUACAAUGGUUGAAGUUGGACGAAACCAACUUGACCGAAAUCCCAGAGGAAAUGGGAAAACUGUUGAAGCUGGAACAUCUUUCGCUGGUUAAAAAUAAACUAGAACGCUUGUACGGAGAACUGACGGAGCUUGGUUGCCUUAGAACGUUAAACAUCAGACGCAAUAAUAUAAAAUCGAGCGGUAUACCGGCGGAACUGUUUCAUUUGGAAGAACUGACCACGUUAGAUUUGAGUCGUAAUAAUUUGAAACAAGUGCCGGAAGGACUCGAACGAGCUCGUUCUUUGUUAAAUCUUAACUUGAGUCACAAUCACAUCGAUGCUAUUCCCAACACGCUCUUUAUUCACUUGACGGAUUUGCUAUUUCUGGAUCUUAGUAAUAAUAAAUUGGAAACAUUGCCACCGCAAACUCGCCGCUUGGCUAAUUUACAAACCUUGAAUUUGAACCAUAAUCCGUUGGGACAUUUUCAAUUGAGGCAACUGCCAUCGUUGAUGAAUUUAACGACGCUACAGAUGCGCGACACGCAACGAACGUUGAAUAACAUUCCCUCCAGUUUAGAAACUUUGACGAAUCUGCAGGAGCUCGAUUUAUCGCUAAAUAAUUUACCUCGGGUACCAGACGCGCUCUAUAAUCUAUUAAAUUUGCGCCGCUUAAAUUUGAGCGAUAAUCAAAUAACCGAACUGUCCACGGCGAUCGAACUUUGGACUAAAUUGGAAACUUUGAAUAUAUGCCGUAAUAAAUUGACCAUGAUACCCGCCUCACUGUGUAAAAUCGUUACGCUCAGAAGAUUAUACGUAAACGAUAACCGGUUAGAUUUCGAAGGUAUUCCUUCGGGAAUAGGCAAAUUGUCGUCGUUGCAAGUAUUUUCUGCAGCCAAUAAUCGUUUAGAGAUGAUACCGGAAGGCUUGUGCAGAUGCGGCUCGUUAAAAAAAUUGAUACUGGCAUCCAAUCGAUUGAUCACUGUACCGGACGCCAUUCAUCUUCUUACCGAUUUAGAACAAUUAGACUUGAGAGAUAAUCCAAAUUUGGUAAUGCCGCCGAAACCAACAGAGGUACAGAAAGGAUCUGGUAUCGAAUUUUAUAACAUCGAUUUUUCUUUGCAACAUCAACUGCGUCUUGCCGGUGCCAACGUACCGGCACCGACUCAAACGGCUGGUAGCAAAGAUCCGAUAGCCCGCAAAAUGAGACUCAGAAGGAGACGAGAUCAGGAAGAAGCUGACCAAGAUCAAGCGAAAAUAUUAAAGGGUAUGAAAGAUAUAGCGAAAGAGAAGAACAAGGACAAAGAAUGCGAAGAGUCGAAAGCGGAAUCGUUGAAACCUAAAAGAUGGGACGAAACCCUGGAGAAACCGCCGUUAGACUAUUCGGAAUUUUUCGACGAAGACGCCGGUCAGGUGCCUGGUUUAUCGGUAUGGGAGAUAGAAAAUUUUUUACCCAACGAAAUAGAGGAAGUAGCGCAUGGAAAGUUUUACGAAGGUGAUUGUUAUAUUGUAUUGAAAACUGAAAUUGACGAAGCUGGGUCGUUGAUUUGGGCCAUUUAUUUUUGGAUCGGAGAAAAAGCUACGUUGGAUAAAAGAGCCUGCGCCGCCAUUCAUGCUGUAAAUUUACGGAAUUAUCUUGGUGCGCAAUGUCGUACCAUCAGGGAAGAACAAACCGAGGAAUCUGACGAGUUUCUGAUGUUGUUCGAAUCUGGUAUAACUUACAUCGAAGGAGGUCGUACUUCGUCCGGCUUUUAUACCGUCGAAGACACGCCGUCCGUGACCCGACUGUACAGAGUACACGCCGCGGGUGCUUCGAUUCACUUGGAACCGGUGCCUGUUCGUUUCGAUUCUCUGGAUCCAGCUUUUGUCUUCGUCUUGGACACGGGCAAUAAAAUCUUUAUGUGGUACGGUAAAGGGGCGAAAAGUACAUUGAAAUCGAAAGCGAGGCUGAUGGCAGAGAAAAUAAAUAAAAACGAAAGAAAGAACAAAGCAGAAAUCCUGACGGAAAUAAUGAACUCGGAAUCGGACGAUUUUCUAUCGUAUUUAAACGUAAAAGAUAGCUCGCAACUUCCAACUAUAGUUGAACACGUAGAUCAAAAUUUUGUGUCUCCUGCGCCGCGUCUCUAUCAGGUUCAACUCGGCAUGGGCUAUUUGGAAUUGCCUCAAGUCGAAGUACCUCAUGGCAAACUAACGAAUACGCUCUUGAACAAUCGUAACGUUUAUAUAUUGGAUUGUCAUUUGGAUGUUUACGUUUGGUUUGGCAAAAAGUCAACGAGAUUGGUACGGGCGGCUGCCGUUAAACUUUCCCAAGAGCUGUUCAACAUGAUAGAACGACCGGAAUACGCUAUGGUGACCAGAUUGCAAGAAGGAACCGAGUCUCAGAUCUUCAAAUCGAAAUUUACUGGUUGGGAUGAAGUUAUAGCAGUCGAUUUUACUAGAACUGCCGAAUCGGUCGCGAAAACUGGUGCCGAUCUUACGAAAUGGGCCAAACAACAAGAAACCAAGGCGGAUCUAGCUGCGCUUUUCAUGCCUAGACAACCACCGAUGUCGUUUACCGAAGCUCAACAACUCAUGUCGGAAUGGAACGAUGAUUUGGAAGGAAUGGAGGCGUUGGUAUUGGAAGGGAAGAAAUUUAUACGCUUACCGGAAGAAGAAUUAGGUCAUUUUUAUAGCGGGGACUGUUAUGUUUUUCUAUGCCGUUAUUGGGUACCAUUGGAUACGACCGAGAACGAAGACGGCGAUGAACAGUUCGAGGAAGAUUAUCAGUGCACGGUGUACUUUUGGCAAGGCAGAGACGCAGGCAACAUGGGAUGGUUAACGUUUACGUUCAGUUUACAGAAAAAAUUUAAAUCCUUGUUUGGAGAAAAUUUAGAGGUAGUUAGGACUCAUCAACAACAGGAAAAUCUAAAGUUUUUGGCAUAUUUUAAAAGAAAAUUUAUCAUUCAUCAUGGUAAGCGUAAGCAGUCGAAAAUUCCCGGUAACAAUAGGGUCGAAUUUUAUCACUUGAGAAGCAACGGAAGCGCGUUGUGUACUAGGCUGAUACAAAUACCAGCUGAUUCGUCGCUAUUAAAUUCUUCUUUUUGUUACCUUUUGAACGUACCGUUUAACAACGACGAUGAAACGGGAAUAGUAUACGCCUGGAUUGGUUCGAAAGCUGACAACGACGAAGCGCGUCUCAUCGAAGAAAUCGCCGAAGAGAUGUUCAAUAACCCAUGGAUAAGUUUGCAAGUUCUGAACGAAGGUGAAGAACCAGAUAAUUUCUUUUGGGUUGCUCUUGGUGGGAAAAAAUCGUACGACACUGACGCGCAGUACAUGAAUUACACCAGAUUGUUUAGAUGUUCGAAUGAAAAGGGAUACUUUACGAUCAGUGAAAAGUGUACCGAUUUCUGUCAGGAUGAUUUAGCAGACGAUGACAUUAUGAUACUCGAUAAUGGCGAACAAGUAUUUUUAUGGUUGGGAAGCCGAUGUUCGGAAGUAGAAAUUAAAUUAGCCUAUAAAUCCGCACAGGUGAAGAUACUCAAGCAAAUAAGCAAUUUCUCGGCUUGUCUGUUAAAACGAAAUAGCACGAACGAUCCGAAUAAAAAAACUCUCUGCGAAAAGAAAUUACAUUUAUACGUUUUCAGGUGUACAUUCAACAUUUACGAGUCAAGCAGCCUGACAGACCACGCAAGUUAUUUCUAACUGCAAAGGGAAAAGAAUCUCGUAAAUUCACCAAAUGCUUUCACGGCUGGAGUUCGCAUAAAAGACCGCUACAAUAGAGAGUAUGUUUGGU